AUGCUGUCCAGAUCUGCCAAAGACACGGUCUGGUUCACCGUUGUCUGCUUCCUUGCACUCAUUACUUCUGUUUUCGCGGAAUGCACCCGGGAGAGACUGCUAGCAGCAGCCAACAUUUAUGUAGACGCCUUCUCCGCCGGCAGACUUGACGGCCUCCAACUCGCCUCGAGCAACUUUACCUACCAGGAAAACAACAAGGCAGCCGACAUCAAGCGCGGCAUCCUCAGCCAGUCGCACAACAUCAGCCUCAACCGAUCAACGGCCGAUACCAUUGCCUGCGCCAGCUACACCAUGAUCAUCGAGACGGCGGCGAAUCGGCCAAGUCGAGAACUGCUGAGAAAGGUUGGGGAUGCUUAUCUCGACAUGUGGACGGAUGCAAAGGCGGCUGAUAGUAUUCCAUGGGGGGCCGACUGUGAGCGUGUUGAAGGGUCGCAGUAUACCAGACCGUGUGGUGUUCAGUUACCGAGAGGAGGCAGUUCAAAGCGCAACGGAAACCGGCGAUAUGUCAUCGAUGAGGUGAUGGGUUCGGUUGACGUGCUGUACUCGUUUGAUGCGCUGGGGAAUAUGCCGGAUAGCCAUGAGAUCCGGGUUGAGGACGGUGAGGUCAAAGGUCGUGGAGGAGGUGGUGACCGCGGUGGCCGUGGCGGCUUCAGAGGCGGCCGUGGUGGUUUCGGCCAGCGCGACGAUGGUCCCCCCGCCCAGGUUCUCGAGCUCGGCACCUUCGAGCACGCCGUCGAGGGCGAGAUGUUCUACAAGUCCACCAACCCCAAGAUCCCCCAUUUCAACGCUCAGGUCUUCCUCGAGAACAAGACCCCCAUCGGCAAGAUCGAUGAGGUCCUCGGUCCUCUCAACCAGGUCUACUUCACCGUCAAGCCCCAAACCGGCAUCGUCGCUACUUCCUUCAAGCCCGGCGACAAGGUCUUCGUCGGCUCCGAGAAGCUCCUCCCUCUCGAGCGUUUCCUCCCCAAGCCCAAGGUUCUCGGCGCCCCCAAGGUGAAGAAGGCUGGCCGUGGUGGUGCUGGUGGUCGUGGCGGUCCCAGAGGCGGUGCUCGCGGUGGCGGCCGUGGCGGCUUCUCCUCUCGCGGCGGCGGUGGUGGCUUCUCCCGUGGUGGUGGUGGUGGCUUCUCCCGCGGCGGCGGUGGUGGUUUCAGCAGGGGCGGCGGUCGCGGUGGCAGCGGCGGCUUCUCGAGGGGUGGUGGUGGCCGUGGUGGCGGCGGUUUCUCCCGCGGUGGCGGCCGCGGUGGUCGUGGUGGCUACUAA